AUGGGCGAAGACACCGAAAGUGGUCUCCGCGGCAUCCAAGUGUUUCUGGAUGCCCAGGCCAUGUUAGCAGCCAGAGGGAGUGGGUUGCGACAUGCCGCUUACUGGAUCGCACUCCGGCAGGAGAUUCUCACAGCUUUCUCGAAACAGCGCACAUUCCGACUUCCUCUGGGCCCAUGCGAGCCAUACCGAUCCUUCGAGCCCGCCGACGACUAUGUUUGGGCCGACCGGCUCGUCAUCCACUGCGCCGACGUACUGCAGUACUGCUUCGGAUCGGAAGACAACACGGGCGUUCUCCACCCGCUCCCCGCAUCCGACAUGCGGGUUGCGCGCUACGACGAGCUGGUCUCGUUCGAGACUCUCUGGGCCGAGCUGGGCCCGGCCUCCUUCCGACCUAUCUACACCCGCGACCCGGACCGCUCCCGCGGUGAGGUCUUCCCCGAACUCUGGUACCUCAACAACUGCCAUGUCGCCGGCCUGCAGCACCUCGACCUGGCUCGUAUCCUGCUGACCGUGUACAAUCCCAAGCUGCCGCGUCUAGGACCCGGCCAGCGCACGGCCAUGCGGUCGGUCGACCGACGAGUCCGCUCCAUUAUCCUUCGGCUCUGUGGUAUUGCCCUGUCGAACCAGCAUAGUCCGCCCGGGCUGGUCACGGCCAGUGUCGCGAUUGGGAUGUGCGGGGACCGGUUCACAGACCGUAUCGAGCAAGAGGCCCUCCUGGGCGUGCUGGUGAAACUCGAGGAGGAGCAUGCCUAUCCCACGUACACGAUGCAGCGGCUGCUGAAGGCGGCGUGGGGGUGGGACUCGGUCGAUGCUGUGGAUACCCUUCCAGGCACAUAG